UGCCACAUGGCCUCUCUGGCUUAUUAAGAAAAAACGGUAACCUAGCAGCGGGAACAAGAAGGCGCAGAAGUCUGUGUCACUUCUUUUAUCUUUAUGGAGCCCGUCGUCGAAACCGAACUUACAAAAGAUACAGCAAGCAAGGGCAAGUUAAUGCCUGAGCUGAAAUGGUCGCAUGCAUAUACACAAGGCUUUGCGCCUGUCGCAAAAACACGAUCUUCAAAAGUCAUUGACAUUUACUACGAGAUGCAUGGCACUGGUCCGAAGAAAAUUGCAUUGCUCAUGGAUACCUGAAAUACUUAAUAUUUGAUUAGGCAUGAAUGCGCCUUGUCAAGCUUGGGACUAUCAGACUUGCUACUUUGGUGCAAUGGAUGAUUAUACUGUGCUUAGCUUUGAUGCCCGAGGUGUAGGCUGGACAGGGGGAAGUUGGGACUUUUACAACAGUACCGAAUGGAGCUUGGACUUUAUAGAGCUGCUAGACCACUUGGGAUGGACGCAAGACGUCCAUGCUGUAGGUCAUAGUGCAGGAGGACAGGCCUUGAUGAAAGCACUCUUGCAAAACACGGUGCCCAACCGUUUCCGGUCUGCGAGUCUAUUAAAUACCACGAGUGGUGGGCUGCGACCCUUGGCCGGACCAUGGGCAAUUGUUUCAAACCUAUUUGUCAAGGAUCCGCGGGAACAAAUGAUACGACUCAUGCGCGUCAAUUACACCGAGUCUUGGCUGAACGCCAGACCAGAUGACGAUGUCUCCUAUGAUACCAAUAUGGACAAGUUGUGUGCACGAAUGGAAGAUAGAAACAGCAGAAAUCGUCCUCAAACGAUCGGGUCAAUGAUAAGCCAGGCCAUUGCCUCCUUACGCCAUUGGAUGCGGGAGCGAGAUUUGGAAAUCAUCAAAGAGAGUGGAUUGCCGAUACUUGUAGUCAGCAUCAUAGCGAGUAUCUUUUUGCCAAGCUUGAGCCGUGGAAGUUUGUAGUAUUCAAUGACACAGGGCACGGUGUGCCUACAGCAAGAUAUGACGAAUUGAACAAGUUGCUGGAAGAGUUUUGGCAGCAUGCUGAAAAGCAACAACGAGACCAACGGGAGCAGUAGUAGUGGCACCACUGCAACAAUAACAAGCAGGAA